CUAUAUCUAAUAUUCUGCUGCUCAGGUGGUGUACGGAUGUGUGAUGGUGUUGAUGGUGAUGAUGGUGGUGAUCUUCGAGGACAAGAUGCAGCAGUUCAUUGAUCCUGAACACGUCAGCGCUUGGUAUGGUGGACGCUUUAGAUCACCUAAAAUCUGGAGCCAGCUGGUACCCGAGUUCCUUGGAGUAGAGAAGGACCUGGAGAAUACUGAUACCUAUCCUCGGGAGGAGAAUCAAGAUGGCGGAGGUCCUCGUGACAGUAAGCUGCUCGACCCACCAAAAAUUCCUUAUGUGAAAGAAAUGCCGAAAAAGUUUUUAAAGGCAGACCUCGGCCUUGACCCUGAAAAUCCCCCGCUGAAGAAGAUCUUAGUCUGGGUCAACGGGUACGGGUCGAAAGCAAUGUCAUUCGGCUUUGGUCGAGCGCCGUUCCAGAUGGCCGAGUGUGAGGUAGACACCUGCAUGGUCACUGGCAAUCGCUCCUUCGUGCCUGUGGAGGCGUUUGAUGCUAUCAUCUUCCACUUUAGGGCAAUGGAACCCCUUCAGUUACCAAAAAUAAGGUCUCCUCACCAACGGUGGGUGUUCUGGGAGGUAGAAUCAGCCUCAUACGUCUACCAGAACCCGUCACUCUAUAAUGGCCUCUUCAACUGGACCAUGACGUACAGAAGAGAUUCUGACAUACCUUAUCCGUACGGGCGUGCUAACGCGCUCUCUUCGUCACCUCUGACACCGUCACCAUCACCACUGCCAUCAUCAACUACGGAGAAACCCAAGAAGAACUACGCCGCCGGAAAAACGAAAAUGGCUGCCUGGUUCGUCUCCAACUGCUUCACUCACUCGAGAAGAGAGAAGUUGGUCAACUUCAUGAAGAAGUUCAUCCCGGUAGACGUGUAUGGAAAGUGUGGACCUCUGAAGUGCUCCAGAGACACCACCUCUUUGUGCUACGAGUUGCUGGAGAAAGAUUACAAGUUCUACUUCUCAUUUGAAAACUCUCUCUGUAAAGACUACGUCACAGAGAAAUUAUUCUCUGUUCUCAGGUACAAUGUAGUACCGGUAGUGUUGGGUCUUGGAGACUACGCCCACAUUGUUCCUCCUCACUCCUACAUCAACGUCCUGGACUUCUCAAACCUGCAGAGCCUCGCUAACUAUCUCAAGUACCUCAACAACAACGACACCGCUUAUAAUGAGUACUUUAAAUGGAAGGAUCACUACUCCGUGGACGACGGGUGGUCCAGCACUGCCCAAAAUUUCUGUGAGCUGUGUAAAAAGCUGCACAACGACACUGUGCCCAAGACCUAUCAGGACAUCAGGAAGUGGUUCAUGUCCCAGGGGGGUUGUAAGAAACUGGAUACAAGUGCCUGGAGCAAGCUCUUGGUUUGACACCACUGAACUAAUGGACUGUGUGUGUUACCAUGUGGCCGAUCUUCUGUUGUCGGAGGUACUAGACGUGUUCCCGCAUGAACUGCAGAUACACUUUCUGUGAUUAAACAAGGUUAAGGCUAGUUGCUGCAAGCUUGUUUUACGCUAGUACAGUAUUUCGCUGCCUGGAUGAGGUAGAGUGCGGUCGUGCUUUGCACCCCUCUACUGUUUUCCCAGACGAGCUACUCAGUCAACAACAUGGCGCCAGGUGUGUGCAGAAGGGUGAAUACUGUGGGUAUUGAGCUCAUUAGUGGGGCUUUAACGCCUACGUCAGUUGAUGUGUUAUUGCCCAAAAUUGUGAGAGAGACAUAUGGCAUCAGAGACGAGGAUUUGUAUGGAGUGGCACUGAACGGUGUGUAUAGAAUAUUCGUGAAGGUGCUAACUGCUCAAGUAUACGAGGCGUUGGUGGAUCGUUAUCAAGAUGUCAGCAUUAACGUAACACCGGCAGUGAGGGUCAAGUUGACGGAUGUAUCACGACAUUAUUCGUGGGUUAAGCUCCGAAACGUGCCUUUUGAGGCUGAUGAAGUGGAUAUACGCAAUGUUUCCGAACGUUAUGGCACUGUACAUCUGGCCCAACCUGGUAAAUGGGUAAAAGGAGCUUACACAGGUUAUCCUGAGGGUUCUUUCAAUCUCAAGAUGACGCUAAGGCAUCCUAUACCCUCGUAUGUAUAUCUCGAGGAGUUUAGAACCCAGGUAAUGGUAGCGUAUGCUGGGCAGAGGCGUACAUGCCGACUGUGUGGCGAAUAUGACCAUAUGGCGGCAGAUUGUGGCAAGUGGAAUAUGGCUCCUGGGCCGGCAAGGGGCGGAGCACCUGUCCAUGAGAAACCGAUGCCUGAGGAAGAACGGAGGCAAGGAGGAGGGCGUGGUCGCUUGUGGAGUGAAGAGGUGACGGCUCCUCCUGUGGAAUCAGAAGAAGUGGAGAUCCAUGAAUCACCUGGCCCAUCAACAGUACAGCUGUCAAGUGAAGAGGUGCAGGUGGGCGCAGAAGUAAAAGCUAUUGAGGAGGAGUUGGAGACGGUGAUACAGGCUAUGUUAGAGUCUACGGAGGUGGAGAGUCACAGUGAGCAGGAACCUGGGAUCAGGGCAGAAGGUGUGUGCGGGAGGGGGGAGGAUCAGGUGGCACCUGUGAUGGACAGUGUGAGUGCCAUGGAAGGACAUGGAGGCGGAUUAAGGGUGGUAGAGGUGGAAGUCCAUUGUGCUGGCUCCCAGGACUCAGAUAUGGAAACUGAAGGAGCUACAAGGAAAAGGGCAGCAGAGUCAGAUUCGGACGAUGUUCUGACGCCGGCGCAAAGGCCAGGAAAAAAGACAUGGGGUUAUGGUGCUCAGAGUGACUCUACGAGAGGGCCACAACAGAAGGGGGGGAUGGUUGGGAAGGAGGGUGGAGUAUGUGGCAAAGGCAAAGCCCAGGGAAAUGGUUUGAAAGGGAAGAGUCAUGACAUGAGGUGGGGAGGGAAACCUUAAGCCGGCCUCAGGUGUGUAACAAUAAAUAUUAAUGGUCUGUGUGAUGGUGUUAAACGUGAGUGCUUCAGGAUGUUUUUGAAUAGGUACAAGAUUGACGUAGCUUUUGUGCAGGAGCACAAUUUUAAGCUUGGUCGUGAAUUAGAGGUGCCUGGGUAUCAGGCUUAUGUGUUGCCGUCUGAGCGCUUAAAAGGAGGAGUGGGUGUGUUGAUCAGGGAGGUGAGCCCGUUUGUAUUGCACAGGAAAGAGGGGGGGAGGGGGGAGAGUAUUACGUGUGGAAGGAUGGUGGAUGGGAGAGAGAGUGGUGUUUGUGUGUGUGUAUGCCCCAGCAGAAAGUGACGUGAAAGUGAAGAUGGAUUUUGUGCGGGAGGAGCUCGUGUACUACCUACGCACGUUACCGUCGGUGGCGAUUGUGGGAGGGGAUUGGAAUUGUGUAGUUAAGAGGGCAGACGUGGAACCCAGAGGAGCAGGAUAUUUUUCCUCAGUCUUGGGAGGCCUGCUUAGAGACCUUCAGUUACGUUAUGCUUUCGGGGGAGGUCUGUGGCAGGUGGAACAUACGUUUAUAAGAAUGGGAUAUGCGGCUCGUUUGGACAGGUUAUAUUUAUCUCAGAGGGUUUUGGUAGAGUCUUUUAAAACUAUUGAGAUGGUGUCUUCCGAUCAUAGGGCGGUAUUAGUGGAGGUGGGGUGGGAUGCUUUGGCUCGUAGGCAGGGAAGUUAUUGGAAACUGAACACGAUGGUUUUGAGGGAUAGGGAGGGAUUGGAAGGUUUUGCAGUAUUUUGGGAACAGCUCUGGGCGGACAGAAGGACUGAGGAGAAUGUGGUAGGAUGGUGGGAUAGUGUGGCUAAGGUAAGAAUACGUCAAUUUUAUGUGAGGGAGGGUAAACGCAUUAAUCAAUUGCGGUAUGGUUUGUCAAAUUAUUUAGAAUCUAGAUUACGGGAUUGUUACAAGGGGGGGGGCUGUGGCCGGGGUGUACCCAGUGGAGGAUAUACACAUGUUGAAGGGCAGGAUAAGGGAUUUGCAAGAAGAACGUUUUGCAGCGGUACGUAUACAGGCGGGGUUGGACGAAGUACUAUGAGGCGACAAGCCAUCGGCUUGUGUGCUGCGAGGACAGAAGGUACGACAGCGAACGACUACAAUACCGAGAUUGCAAGUCAUUUCUUUGGUGGGGGGGGUUUAGAGAGGGACAGGUAUUACGGGAAGCCAUGGGGAUGAGUGCAUAUGCAGAUAGAUGGUUUGAGGAAUAUGGGAAAAGUAGUGGGGUAGAUGGAGACGUUCUUGGGCAGGUAUGUGAGUAUGUGCCAUGCAAACUGGGGAGGAGUGAUCGGGAGGCACUGGGUGGGGUCAUUGAGGAGGAGGAAAUAUGGAGAGCCCUUAUGGACAUGAGGAAGGGAAAGGCACCCGGGAUCGAUGGUUUACCAAGCGAAUUUUAUGUACAGCACUGGGGUCUGCUUAGGGGUUUCCUAGUAGAGUUAAUGAAUACCAUGAAGGAAGGAGGUAAGAUGGGAGAAUCACAGUCAACGGCGGUGGUGGUGUUGGUCCCGAAGGGUAAACAGCAGAGUACCCUUCGGGAUUACCGAGCCAUUUCGUUGCUUUGUGCUGAUUAUAAAUUGUUCGCGAAAAUUCUUGGGAAUCGGCUUAAAUGUGUUGUGGGGAGGGUCGUGUUUGAGUCUCAGUUUGGGUUGCCUGGUAGGUCAAUGGGCGAGGGCCACGGGAUCAUAAAGGGGUUCCUGGAGGACAUGGAAAGGGGAAGAGGGGCGUUGGUGGCAUUGGAUUGGCAAGGGGCUUAUGACAGGGUGGAAAGAAAGGCUUUGAGGGAUAUUCUCCUACGACAGGGGUUUGGCGAAGAAAUAGUGGGGUGGGUGGAUACGUUGUACUCAAACGCGAAGGUAAGGGUGCAAAUUAAUGGGUGUGUGGGGGAAGGAGUCACCAUGGAGCGGGGUCUUCGGCAGGGAUGUCCAUUAUCACAACUUUUGUUUGCAUGUGUUCAGGAUCCCUUUUAUAGGAUGGUGGAGGAUCGUCUAAGGACAGGGGAUGGGGAUGGUGAGCAGAAACCUUGGCCUGGUUUGGUGGGCUAUGUUGAUGAUACAACUAUUUUGGUGAGUGAGGAGACACGGUUAGGACUUUUGGAGGAAGUUGUACACAAUUUUGGGAGAGCUACUGGGAUGAAGGUAAA